GUGCAAUCCUUCCCUGCCCCCUUCCAGCUUGGUGGACAUCAGGGCCGUUGCUGCUUAUUCGGGGGGGAGUUGCUCACCUCUUUGGCUCCUUAUGGCGCUGUUCAGGAAAAGCAUCGUGCCGUUGAUUCGUACAGCAGUAACAAUGAACCGAAUGUUCAGUGCUUCAGCAACCUGUGAAGCCAUACAGAAAAUGACCAGAGUACGGGUAGUGGACAACAGUUCCCUUGGCAACACCCCGUAUCAUAGACCGCCCAAGUGCAUCCAUGUGUAUACCAAAAAUGGUAAUGGCAAAGUGGGAGACAAAAUCUUACUGGCAAUCAAAGGACAGAAGAAAAAAGCACUGAUUGUUGGUCAUCGAAUGCCUGGCCCACGCAUGACACCUAGAUUUGACUCCAACAACGUGGUGCUCAUUGAAGAUAAUGGGAAUCCGACGGGGACGCGCAUCAAGGUGCCUAUCCCCACGAGCCUGCGCCAGAUGGAAGGCGAUUAUUCCAAAGUGCUGGCAAUUGCUCAGAAGUUUGUCUGAUGGACCUGCUGAGUUCGGUGGGAAUUGUCAACCCUGACUGUGAUUUAUGGAGAGAAACAACGAUCAAACAACAGGUCAAACAUGGCUUCCAUUGUAGGCACCUUGGAUGUUUGAUAUUAUAUGAGUUAAGUGGUUCUGUUUUAUCAGCUGUACAUCUGUAUAUUAAACCACUUGUGUCAAGCA